AGAUGGAUGCUUAGUUUGCUAAGGGACCAAGAAGGAUGUUUAAUGUUAAAUUUGGUUGACACUUGUUACUAGUGGACCUAAUUAAAUCCUAAUGAAAUAUAAUCCAAUGGUUGGAAUACAAUUUAAAGAGUUCCUGAAUCAACAUAAUGUGGAGGUAACAAAGAAUGAAUAUGAAUUAGUUGUUGCUUUAUUUUGUGGUUUUAACAAAACAAGAGCCAAUACAGUUAUCAGUAGGACUAUUCUAAAUAUUCCAGAACAUUUUACUAUAAAGAUCUAAUAUUUGAUGGCUAAGAUUGAUUCUUGGGAUAAUGAAUACUUUUCUCUCAAGUUUAGAUGGUGUUGAAGUUUGGAAACAAUAGUAUGACUACUUUGUGGUCUAUUUUUGGAAAAUUUGUGGGGAUUAUGCAGAUGAUCAUAGAACAAUUUUUAUUAGAAUUGAAUUAGAUUUAGACCAUACGAGUAAUCUAUUAGAUAUCUCUUUUACUUCCAAUCUGAUAAAAGCAAUGGAUGUAGAAUCAUUUGGUUUCAGAGGC